AUGGACCGUCAAACUUUUCGCUGUAUAUAGCUAUAUCUUCCGGCGAGAGAGCCAGAGGGGAGUUUAUUAUCGGUAACUUCAGUCAAUUGUCCCGGUUCUGCCUAUAAUUUCCCCGCAAUGGCUAUCGGCGAUCUGAAAACGGACAAGGGUAUCAAAGACUUAAAUUCCUAUUUAGCAGAUCGUAGUUACAUCGAAGGGUGGCAACCCACUCAGGCGGAUGUAGUAGUCUUAGAAGCGUUAGGCAAAGUUCCAACAUCCUCGAAUCCUCACGUUUUACGAUGGUAUAAUCACAUCAAAUCAUACGAUUUAAAGACCCUUCCGGGAGAAAGAAAAGCGCCUGUUAUCUUAAGUAGCAAUAAUUCUGCUAACGUGACAGCCGCCAAAAGUGAGGACGACGAUGAUAAAGACGUGGACCUCUUCGAGUCAGACGAAGAGGAAGACGCCGAGGCCGCCCGGCUCAGGGAAGAACGAUUGAAAGCUUACGAGGAGAAGAAGGCCAGAAAGCCGGCGCCUGUCGCAAAGUCCAGCAUUGUGUUGGACGUUAAACCGUGGGACGAUGAGACCGACAUGGAUGCCAUGGAGAAAGCUGUGAGAUCCAUUCAGAUGGAUGGUCUAGUCUGGGCGGCAUCUAAAUUGGUGGCAGUCGGCUAUGGCAUUCACAAAUUCAGGAUAAUGUGUGUGAUAGAGGACGACAAGGUCUCUGUAGACUGGCUGAUAGAACAGAUAGAAAGUUUCGAGGAGUUUGUUCAGUCUGUGGACAUAGAGUCAUUCAAUAAACUAUAAACGAUUGUUUCUGUCUAUUAUCUUUAUUGUAAACUUAAUAAAUAAUAAUCAUUGUUUGUAUA